AUGGACUGGGCACACAGGAGAUUCGUCCCGUCCUCUCUCGACGCUGUUGAAAACACUGAGGAGUACAGACCGGGAGGGUUUCAUCCGAUAGCCAUCGGUGACUGUUACGCCAAUGGACGUUAUCGAGUUCUUCACAAGCUCGGCCACGGGGGAAGUUCUACUGUCUGGCUAGCCCGCGACUACCAGCAAAACCACCCGCAUGGCAGACUGGUAGCAUUGAAGGCCAUGCGCGCCGAUGACUCAAGUGCGGCCGUAGACAAGAUACCCGAGUUGGUCAUUUCGGACGCGCUCCGUAGGAUCGCUAGCCCUUUCGAUUUCCAGAUCGUGGACUAUCACUUCCUCGUACAAGGUCCGAACGGAUGUCAUCGAUUCCUCGCCUGUCCGUUAGCAGGCCCCAGCGUCCAUACUAUCGCGCUCUGCGAAGGCAGACCAGCUGGUAGUCGACGAUUACGCGGCGAUUUGGCGAGGAAGGUAGCGAAGCAGACCGCGUUGGCGAUAUGGUGCAUGCAUCUCUCAGGCAUCGUUCAUGGAGAUCUGACCGCAUCCAACAUCUUAUUCCGUGUGGCGGCGCCUGUCGUUGACUGGACGGAUGAGGAGUUCGAGCCGCAUGCACCCGCUAAGAUCAUUGAACCGGCGAAUCUUGCUCGACUAGCAGACUUGUCGCUUUUGCAAGAACGCAUUCUCCUCAUCGACUUCGGCCAGUCCUACAUGAUAUCCCACCCGCCCAAGAACUAUGAGCCUGCCACAACCAUACACUACAAGCCACCAGAGAUGCGCUUCGAGGGGCGUGCAGGCCCCGAGGCUGACGUGUGGGCACUCGCAUGCGCUAUUUUCGAGAUUCGAGUGGGGUAUCCCCUCUUUGAUCCUUUCUUUCCAACCACCACGAGCAUACUGAGACAAACCGUCGCGACCCUUGGGCGGUUACCAGAUCCCUGGUGGCAGGCCUUCGAGGAGCGGACCGUGUGGUUCGAGGACGACGGUCAGCCAAAGAACCCCGAUUCCCAGAUUUCUAUCGCAGACUUGCUGCGCUCCAUAGGCACCGACGAUGUGCCGUCAUCCGUGGACGAGGGCCCGAUGAUAGAGAAAUGCGGGGUUAGGUUAUCGAAUGAGGAAGUGGAACUAUUGGUGGACCUGUCGGGGAGAAUGUUGAGAUAUCGGCCAGAGGAGAGGGCUACUAUGAAGGAGGUCGUCGAGCACAGGUGGUUUAGGCUCUGAAAGCAAUGACUGCAUUUCUAUGUAGGACCGUCAGCGUUGUUGUUAUGAUAAUAUCGUUAACGUUCAGUGUAG